GCUGUCAGACAUAAUCCUCUUCUCUUACCACUUCAACCUGGUUCACAGACAAAGGGCUCAAGCUCUGCCAGAACUAGAUCCUGUUGUGUACUAAGCUCCAGAUCCAAAAAAAGCACUGACCAUGGCACUGAUUUCUGCAGUGCUCUGAUUACCAAGGGGAACUGGCCAAUCUAUGCUGUAACCGGGACUGGACUUGCUUGCUGCCACCUCUACCACUGCCAUGAUGACUUUACAUGGGUGUGGGCUAAACUUGGUUUAAUAGCUGAUGUCCAGCCUAAUGACAGGACCAACUGGUGUGCCCCCUUCACGGCUGGGGAAUGGCGGAAGCAGUGAUGUGGGUGGGGUUGUCUGGGGAGCUGUGGAGGGGGGGUGGAUUGAGGUCAGACCCCUCUACAAGAAUGAAUACAAGAAAAGAGGAAAACCGGGGCCUGGGGAAAGGGGUUUGUUCCCCCCCCGUUAUGGGGUACCGCCGGUUCCUUCCAGCCCCAGGAUCGGGGCCCUCAGGGGGUCCCCAGAUGGGGCUGUCCUGUUCCUCUUCCUCUCCGAGCUGAGUAUAAAGCCCGAGGCUUCCCCCUACCUGCUCCCUGGCCAUGUUGCUUUCCAGUCCCAGCCCCUCGGCCUCAGGCAGCGGGCGGUCUCCGCACCGCCGAUGGAGCUGGGCUCCCGGGGGCCUUGGGCAGUGGGAUGCGCCGGCCGAGGUGCCCCGGAGCGUGGCUCCGGCUCCAGGCACCAGCCUCCGCUUCUACGUGCUCUGGUCGCUGCAGGAGCCGGCCCGGCAGCUCAGCAGCAAAUCCAGCCGGAUGUGUUACCAGAUUCAGCUGCCUCUGCCGUUGCCAAAACAACUUGUAAUCUUUGGCUUGGGUGACUGGAAUCGUUAUUCCCAAAACACAAGCAUCACUGUGGAGGUGCUGGUGAAUCCAGAUGUUAAGCCACAAAGGAUUGGCAAAUUGGGGUCUGAUGUGAGGUCCCUUGUGUGGGAAGGUGACUGGAGGGUGGAUGUUCUGAUGGCUUCAUUGAAACAAAUGGACUGUGGCAACCCUGUUAAACUUCUCCUGACUGUCAAUGGAGAGCUGCUCAAGGGCAUCUACAACAGCACCCCCAGUCGUCCGUUUCUGGCACCAGAGCCCACCCAGUCACCAGUCCUCCCGGAAGAUACCACGUCCCCCAUCCAGGUCUUGGACGAUACCACUGAGGUUAAAGGUCAGAGUUUGGAGGUAACUGCCAGAGCACAAAGGACCAGAAGUAAGGAUUCAUCUCCACCACCAAAAAAGUUGUUGAUGCCCCUUACCCCAGAGUCACCCACUGGCCAGAAGGCACCCAAGGAGGCCAGGAGGAAAAUCCGCAAGCCUAGUCCUCUCCAGCUAAAGCAGCCUAGGAAAGUCUUGUUUGAGCCCAGGGCAUGUGAAGGGGAGCAGGAUGCUGAAGACUUGGAGGUGAAGGAGCUUCAAGUCUGUCCGAGCCCACGAUGGUGUCACGCCAUGUGCCUCAGUGACCCAGAAACAGCCAUUUUGAUUGGUGGAGAGGGAGCCAAUCAACAGCCUUGCAAGGAUUCUCUCUGGAAACUAGAGAUUGACAAUGAUUUCUGGUUCCCCAUGGAUCUGCCACCACUGGGUUCUGUGCCGCCCUGCUCACGUGGUCACACUGCCACCUAUGACCUGGACACCAAACGCAUCUAUGUCUUUGGGGGCAUGAAGGAGGGCAAGCCCUACAGCACUAUCCACAUCCUGGACACAUCCACCUGGAAGUGGCUUCUCGUGGCUGCCAAGGGGAAGGUGCCGACACUGGCCUACCACAGCGCCACCAUCUACCAUAAGGAGCUUUUUAUCUUUGGAGGAACUUUCCCCAAGAUGGCAUCCCUGGAGUCCAGAGCCUGCAGCAACACACUGUACGUCUUCAACCCUGAGUACAAGAUUUGGUACCAGCCCAUUGUGGAGGGAGAGAAGCCCUUACCUCGGCUCGGCCAUUCAGCCACUCUGCUGAGGAACAAGCUGGUGAUCUUUGGGGGUCAGAGGACCUCUUUGUACCUGAAUGAUGUGCACAUCCUGGAUCUGGGUUACAUGGAGUAUGUGCCAGUCCCAUUUCUUUCAGGACAGCCUUCUUCACGCUGCUUCCAUGCUGCAAUGCCAGUGUCUGACCAGAAGAUCCUGAUCAGUGGAGGCUGCAAUGCCAAGGGAGCCCUGCAGGAUGUAUUCACCUUUCACCUUGAUACCUUUGCAUGGAGCACAGUGACACACAGUCACCUCUCCUUAGUGCCCCGGGCUGGCCACAUGCUGCUCAACCUCACCUCUGCCCACCUGACAGAUGUGGACAAGGAGAGCCAGAGCAAGUGCAACCUGUGCACCGUGCUGGUUUUUGGUGGCUCAGACUGUGCUGGGACCUUCUACAAUAGCACAAGCAAGAUCCAGCUGGACCUAGAGGAGACCAAGCCCAGGACAGCAGGGGUUCUGUGUCAUGGUAAAUAGAGACACAUGGGUAGACAGUGGGUGGCAAUAAAUGAAUCAAAGCAAAGCAGCGAACCAAGUCUCUGCAUGUAGGUGAAAUCUGCCCGACAUUUGGAAUGUCUCCCUGAAACCUGUGGUGACUUCUUGCCUAUGCUGGGGCCCAUGGACAUGGAGCCUGAGGACUGGGCACAAAUCCCCAGCCUCACACUUGCAUGAUGCCUAUGCUUUGACACCUAAUUAUCCUCGGAAGCCUGAACUAAAUCUGCAGUGUCCCGUUAGAGGAAUUUCCCCCAAGGCUUUGGGCAGAACUAGUCUCUUGCUUUCCUCUCUUGCUGUAUAUCACUUCUCUUCCCUGACCCAAAUCCCAGCUUCUGUUGGGCGGAAAUGAAGGUGACCUCAUAUAUUCACUCUUAACUGGGUGAGGAGAGGGGGUUGCUGCAGGUAGGGUGACCAGAUGUCCUGAUUCUAUAGGGACAGUCCUGAUUAUUUUGUCUUUUUCAUACAUAGGCUCCUAUUACCCCCCAUCCUCUGUCCUGAUUUUUCACACUUGCUGUCUGGUCACCCUAGCUGCAGGCUCUGAAGAGAGGGCUGUAAGGUGAGGAUGUGAGUCACCCACCAAAGCUGGCUGGAUCUCAGCUGCAACUUGGCAGUUCCUUUCUGCCAUCCAGGAACAGGGUUCUUCUGGCUUGGAAUGAAUGAGAAUUCACCACCCAGAAAUCUCCCCUUUGGAAGGACGGGGGACAGUAUUGCUAGAAAGUGAGUGACUGGCUUUCUCCAAGUGGCUGAAAAGUGUCUGAUGCUGUGUGAUGUCUGGGUGUAAGUGGCAUGCCAUCUGGGGAUGGGGAAGAGAACGCUGUCAUCUUUGGCUAAGGGGGGAGCUGGCUGCUAUGCCAGCAGCGAGGAAGACUAGUUCUCCCAGAUUGCUGCUUGGUGAAGGGAAGACAUAUAGAUCACCCAGCAGCCUGGGACAACUAAUCUCCUUCAUGCGGUCACUGCCGGCGUGGCAGGCAUGGUGUAGCGUAACUGUUGGUGGUUCCCUACAAGAGCAGAGAGACCCGGGGUUGGGGUCUAGCUCUCAUUAUGUUUGCAGGAGGAGAGUGGGCCUGGUCUUCUUUGCACUUAACAAGCAUGUGAAAUGGUAUUUACUGAAGGCAAUGGGGGUUACUGUAACUGUGGUGCAGGUGCUAGGACAAUCAGGCUGGUGAAACUGAGGCACCCUCAAGCUGGCCUUUUCCCAUAGGUACAACUCAAUCUUGGUAUGAACAUUUCCUGUAAA